UCUUGUUCGUCAACCCUACAUUUUGAGCCAAUCGUCGUGCCCGUUAUUCGUUGCUGUGACAUUACAAAAAUGGCGGCCUCCAUGAACCAUACCAUGUUUGGUGGUAGAUUUUGCUGCCUGUGCCUUUCUAGACCAUAUAUCUGCAGAAAAAUCAUUCGCCGAUCAUUAAAGUUCUCGGCUGUUCACAAAGCAGUCAAGGGGGAUGUGUCAGAGGCAAAACCUUCACAAGAUUUACAACUGGAUGUUGAUGUACAACGUAAACUCCACAGGAAGUGAGCUGAAGCACAGACUGCAUCCUGGAGUGCUGAAAGUCAAAGCAGUUACCCUACCCGAACCCCUGGUGGAGGCUGUGAAGGUCUUGCUGGAGAAGUAUCCGUUUGAUCAUAUAUCAAAAAAUGCUGAGAAUUUAGCCGUUACCUGAAGUGCCGACACGCCCUGUAGAAGCUCUGGAAUUGAGGGACAAAGCUGUAGGGAUAGAGGAGAGUGUCAGACAGAAGGAAGUUGGAGACAAGAACAUCAGUGAUUUGAAUCCAGAGGAGAGUGAACUGUUGGACAGUAAAGUGAAAGGGAAGACAUUGAUGCAACUCAGAAAACAAGUGUACCACUGGAAGAGCAUUGAAUAUACAGCGUACAAAGGCUUCCUCUACAUGGUGGGCAAAAUGGACCAUGAUUACGCAGCGCUUUUGAGAUGUUUAAAUGAGAUUCGUUCAAGAAUUCCAGAGUUCACCCCUAGAACUGUGUUUGAUUAUGGCUCUGGUGUGGGGUCAGUUAUAUGGGGAGUGAACUCUGUGUGGAAGAGAGGGGUGCAGGAGUAUUACUGUGUGGAUAGGUCAGGAGAGAUGAACACACUAGCCAGACUUCUCUUACAAGAUGGAGAAGACAAUAAAGAGAUGCAGGUGUCUGGCGUCCAUUUCAGGCAGUUCCAUCCUUCCACUAAGCACCAAUUUGACCUCACAGUGUCGGCAUUCUCAUUGUUCGAGUUCCCCAACAGAUCAGAACGUCUGGCAGCUGUGAAGAAUUUGUGGGAUAUGACUGGAGAAUUUAUGAUACUGGUGGAAAAUGGGUCUAUCGCUGGAUUCAAACUGAUACAAGAGGCCAGGGAGUAUAUUUUAGGGCUGGGUGAUUCAAACGAUGGUCAUGUCUUUGCCCCUUGUCCUCAUGAUUCAAAGUGCCCUAAAUUGUCGUGGACAAAGAGCUCGGUGUGUAAUUUUGAAGUGACCUACCAGAGACUGCAGUUGUCAUCAAACACCACAAUUAGUGAUAAAGCUCGGUUUUCCUAUGUCAUCCUCAGGAAAGGACGUAGACAAUCUGAGGCUGCCACCUACAUGUGGCCUAGGCUUGUGAAGCGAUCCAGCAAACCACGCAACCACACGCCGUGUACAAUGUGUUGUCCCGAUGGAACUAUCAAGAGUGUGGUGAUCACAGCCAGUAAACACAGCAAAGACUUGUACAAAUGUUCCCGAUACUGUCAUUUGGGAGAUUUAUUACCCGUGAAGAUGAGUCAGCAGAAAGAGGAAGGACACACAGACCGUAUCCAUGACAACAUAAACAAUGUUGACCAAUCAGAAGGGACGGAAUCAGGAGAGGAAAGUGAUACUGACAGAGACCACAGUGCUUCAGGUUUAUAUCCCCAGGAUUCUCUUUCUCCAUCGUGAUCUCUUCAGGAAUUCAGAUGGCCAAAGGCAUGUAAUAUCGUGACACAAUUCUCAACAAAGAUUCCCGGUCAUCAUUUCCAGCCAUGGGUGGACCGGGAAUGUGUUGUUGAGUGUUCCAAAGAUUCACUUGUGGUUUUUAACUGCGAUGAUUUGUGAAGACUUGAAAGAAGUGCGUCCUUUUCAUUACUUAUGGACAUAGGAUCUGUGAUGUGGUCAUAAGAUUCAUAAAGGAUUUUUUCUUAAUACGGAGCACAUAAUGUGCCCUAGCAUUUAAAAGUACAAGGAAGCCUCUCAGCUUUCUUCUUGGUGUGUGAAAAUGGCUAAAAACUGGAAUUUUCCUAAAGCCCCAGUGAUCAGUCCUGAAAUAAAGUAGCCCACUGUGAUAAUAGCCGUCAAAACAACUUUGUUCAGUGCAGAGCCCAAAUUGAUCAGCCCCUGUGAUCAGUCCUGAAAUAAAGUAGCCUACUGUGGUGAUAACUGUCAAAACAACUUUGUUCAGCGCAGAGCCUGAAUUGAUCAGCCCCUGUGAUCAGCCCUGAAAUAAA